GUCCCCCAGUCACCUGGAUGCGGCAGGCCCGCUGCCCACGGCGCUGGACCCUCCCCAGGGCCCCUGUGGGAAGGUGGGGUGGGGCGGACCCGCCCACCUGGUCUACCUCUGCCUCCAGCCCAGCUGAGUUCCUCCCAGGAUCCCAGCCAGCGGGAGGGAGGAAGGAAGGUGCAGGGGCCUGGGAGCCGUGGCCCCCCAACCCCAAGGCAGCGGCACCGCGGAGGGGAAGGGCAGGGCUGGCCACCAUGGCGACGCUCUUCUCCCAGACCCAGCGGCGCCCUCCCCUUUUGCGCCAGGCCAUCAAGAUAAGACGCCGCAGAGUCAGAGAUCUGCAGGAGGCCCUGCCCCACAGGGCUCAGGAGAUCGAGCCAACAUCCCACCACUUGUCCCCUGAGGAGCGGGCCCUGCUCUACGAGGAAGCUCUCUACACGGUCCUGUACCGCCUGGGUCAGCCCGAGCCCACCCAUGUCGGGGAGUCCUCUGAGCUGCUGCGAUACCUGCAGGAGCUUCCCACACUCCUACACCACCAGGCCUUCCGUAUGGAGCCCAGGGAGCACGAGCAGAUGCUGCAGCAGGUCCAGGAGCUCGAGAAACCAAUAUUCUGUCUGAAGGCCACGGUGAAACAAGCCAAGGGCAUUCUGGGCAAGGAUGUCAGUGGGUUCAGUGACCCCUAUUGCCUGCUGGGCAUCGAGCAGGGGGUGGGUGUGCCGGGGGACAGCCCUGGACUCCAGCAGCGGCAGAAGGCCGUGGUGAGGCACACCAUCCCAGAGGAGCAGAUCCACCGCACCCAGGUCAUCACCCAGACACUCAACCCCGUCUGGGACGAGACCUUCAUCCUGGAGUUUGAGGACAUAAGCAAUGCCAGCUUUCGUCUGGACAUGUGGGACAUGGACACCGUGGAGUCCGUCAGACAGAAGCUCGGGGAGCUCACAGAUCUGCACGGGCUGCGAAGGAUCUUUAAGGAGGUCCGGAAGGACAAAGGCCAGGAUGACUUUCUGGGGAACGUGGUUCUGAGACUACAGGACCUGCACUGCCGGGAGGAUCAGUGGUACCCGCUAGAGCCUUGCACGGAGACCUACCCGGACCGUGGUCAGUGUCACCUCCAGUUCCAGUUCAUUCACAAGCGGAGAGACACCGUGGCCAGCCGCUCGCAGCCCAGCUACACAGUGCACCUCCGCCUGCUGCAGCAGCUCGUGUCCCACGAGGUCACCCAGCACCAGGCGGGCAGCACCUCCUGGAAUGGGUUGCUGAGCCCCCAGGCUGCCACCGUCCUCUUCCUCCACUCCACGCAGAAGGACCUGUCCGACUUCCACCAGUCCAUGGCGCAGUGGCUGGCCUACAGCCGUCUCUACCAGAGCCUGGAGUUCCCCAGCAGCUGCCUCCUGUACCCCAUCACCAGCAUCGAGUACCAGUGGAUCCAGGGCCGGCUCAAGGCAGAGCAGCUGGAGGAGCUGGCCGCCUCAUUCAGCUCCCUGCUGGCCUAUGGCCUCUCCCUCAUCCGAAGGUUCCGUUCUGUCUUCCCCCUCUCCGUCUCCGACUCCCCAGCCCGGCUGCAGUCUCUCCUCAGGGUCCUGGUACAGAUGUGCAAGAUGAAAGCCUUUGGAGAACUGUGCCCCGAAAGAGGCCCCCUGCCCCGCCUGGUGACCGAGGCACUGCAGACUGGCACCACUGAAUGGUUCCACCUGAAGCAGCAGCAGUAUCAGCCCAUGGUGCAGGGCAUGCUGGAGGCGGGCAAGGCCUUACUGAACCUGGUACAAGACAUCAUUGGCGACCUGCACCAGUGCCAGCGCACCUGGAGCAAGAUCUUCCAUAAUGUCCUCAAGAUCGACCUCUUCUCCAUGGCUUUCCUGGAGCUGCAAUGGCUGGUGGCCAAGAGGGUGCAGGACCACAUUGCUGUGGUGAGCGGUGCCAUGACCCCGGAGAUGGGCGAAAGUCUGUUCCAGCUCUACGUCAGCCUCAAGGAGCUCUACCAGCUGGGCCCGGUCCUCUCGGAGAGGGAUGGCGUCCUGGCCCUGGAUGGCUUCCACCACUGGUUCCAGCCGGCCAUCCCCUCCUGGCUGCAGAAGACGUACAGCGUGGCCCUGGAGCGGGUGCAGCGCUCUGUGCAGAUGGACGAGCUGGUGCCCCUGGGUGAACUGACCAAGCACAGCACAUCGGCUGUGGACCUGUCCACCUGCUUUGCCCAGAUCAGCCACACUGCCCAGCAGCUGGACUGGCCUGACCCAGAGGAGGCCUUCAUGAUCACCGUCAAGUUUGUGGAGGACACCUGUCGGCUGGCCCUGGUGUACUGCAGCCUUAUAAAGGCCCGGGCCCGUGAGCUGUCUGCCGGCCAGAAGGACCAGGGCCAGGCAGCCAACAUGCUGUGCGUGGUGGUGAAUGACAUGGAGCAGCUGCGGCUGGUGAUCGGCAAGCUGCCCACCCAGCUGGCAUGGGAGGCGCUGGAGCAGCGGGUAGGGGCCGUGCUGGAGCAGGGGCAGCUGCAGAACACGCUGCAUGCCCAGCUGCAGGGCGCCCUGGCUGGGCUGGGCCAUGAGAUCCGCACUGGCGUCCGCACCUUGGCCGAGCAGCUGGAGGUGGGCAUUGCCAAGCACAUCCAGAAACUCGUGGGCAUCAAGGAAUCCGUCCUGCCUGAGGAUGCCGUUCUGCCCCUGAUGAAGUUCCUGGAGGUGAAGCUCUGCUACAUGAACACCAACUUGGUUCAGGAGAACUUCAACAGAGCAUCUCCGCUUCCUCCUCCUCUGUCCUUCUGUCCUGUGUCCGGCAUCCCUCUGCACGGGCACCCCAGCCUUCUGACCUUGCUGUGGACCCACACGCUCACGGUGCUGGCGGAAGUGGCCGCUUCCCAGCGGAGCUGCCCUCUGGCUUCUAGCAGGCUGAAGAUCGCACUACAGAACCUGGAGAUCUGCUUCUACGCAGAGGGCUGUGGCCUGCCGCCCGAGGCCCUGCGCACGGCCACCUUCCAGGCUCUGCAGAGGGACCUGGAGCUGCAGGCGGCCUCCAGCCGGGAACUCAUCCAGAAGUACUUUUGCAGCCGCAUCCAGCAGCAGGCAGAGACCACCUACGAGGAGCUCGGGGCCGUCACAGUCAAGGCCUCCUACCGCGCCUCCGAGCAGAAGCUGCACGUGGAGCUGCUCAGCGCCUCCAGCCUGCUGCCCCUGGACUCCAAUGGCUCCAGCGACCCCUUUGUCCAGCUAACCUUGGAGCCCAGGCACGAGUUCCCUGAGCUGGCCCUCCGAGAGACCCAAAAGCACAAGAAGGACCUUCACCCACUGUUCGAUGAGACCUUUGAAUUCCUGGUGCCUGCUGAGCCGUGCCAGAAGGAUGGGGCGUGCCUUCUGCUCACGGUGCUGGAUCACGACACGCUGGGGGCUGAUGACCUUGAAGGGGAGGCCUUCCUGCCGCUGUGCUCGGUGCCGGGCCUGACGGGGACUGUGGAGCCCGGCGACGUGCCUCAGACCCGCCUGCCCCUCACCUACCCUGCACCCAACGGGGAUCCAAUCCUGCAGCUGUUAGAGAGCCGGAAGGGGGACCGCGAGGCCCAGGUGUUUGUGCGGCUGCGGCGGCAGCGAGCCAAGCAGGCCUCCCAGCACGCCCCGUGGCCAGGGCGGUAGCAGCGGGGCUUGGGUCCCUGGGAGGCCUGUGUUCCCCCCACCACAGCGCAGCCCUCCCACCUGGCCUAACACUCCAGGAGGGCCCUGCAGGUCGGGGGAGCCCCAGUGUGCGGGGUUCCCGCUGCCAGAGCCGGGGCCCGCAGUGAUGGGGGCCCCAUUCGCAGUAUUUAUACCCCCUGCUUCCUCCCCUCAGCCCCAGCCUCAGCGUUCUCUGCCAAAUCCAGCCCCUGGGGGAGCGGAGACAGCUGUCUGCACCCCUUCCCCCUGCUCCCCUCGUAGGGAAAAGCUGCUCUGGCAGAGGAGGGGCUCAGCCCUUCCUCUCCUGGCAGGCCUGUUCCAGCCACUGAAGUGGGGGGCCAGGUGCCUUGGGCCCUAUUCUUCAGCAGCCAUAAUGGAGGGGGCCUGGGUCCUCUCCUGAGGGAGCUGCCAGCACCCAGGCUAAGGAGCCUAGAGCCCUGAAGGGGUGAGAACUGGUGGGCAGUGGGGCUGGCACAGUUUGGCUAUCUGUGUCUGCUGAGGACCGCUCCUCCUUGGGACAGUACCUAGAAAUUUUCUUAGCGAAAAUAAAAAAAUUAACAAUA